UUAUAAUCUCUCUUCUUCCGGCUCUGCCGCUGAAAAGGCAAGUAACAGGGGUGUAUUUACUACAGUGCUUUGGGACGCACAAGUGCAAGUUCUAUGCAGAAGCCUGAUCUUCCAAUUUCAGCUCCUAGCAAAGCUCCGGCUGCUUGCAGUGGGAGCACGCUGGGGAUGGUCCCCAGCCGCCUGAGCUGUGUAAGAUAUAACACGCUGGUCUGACGGCACAUGCUCAGCUGGCGCCCGUUACAGACAGUCCUUAUUCCGCUUCCGAACGACUACGCAGCUCGUGGCACUGGGCCCGCUCCCGGGGUUCGCAGCCGGUUGGCCCCGGCUCCGCCAGGGUCUCCGGGAAGGCGUCUCUCGGCCUGGCUCGAGCGCCGGCGGUUGCUAGGCACCCGCACAACCGCCGCCGUAAGACCCGAAGAGGCGGCGCCCGUUCCGAGGGAGUGAGCGGCCCGGCGAGACCGUUGUUUCAGCAAAAUAUCUGGUGGAGUUCCUGGAGCCAUGGCUUGCGCUGACAUCAAACCAAAAUCUAAAAGUCGUGCCAAAAAAUGGUCAGAUGAGAUAGAGAAUCUAUACAGAUUUCAGCAAGCUGGAUACAGGGAUGAAAUUGAAUAUAAACAAGUGAAGCAAGUUGAUAUGGAUAAUAUGCACACUCAAGCCUUUGAAAUUGGUGGAUCGUUGGCCAGAAACAGGAUUUGUGAAGAAACUUCAGAGAAGGGACAAUACUUUCUAUUAUUACAACAAGCAAAGAGAAUGUGAAGACAAAGAAGUCCAUAAAGUGAAAGUUUAUGUGUAUUAAUUUUGUUAAUCCCAACUACACUGUUUUGUUUUUGUUUGUUGGAAGUAUGUUGCUUUAAUCUAUUUGAUGUUUAUAAAAUGUAAGGAAUUAAACAAGGUUUCUGAA